GCGUUUUCGUGCCAUAAGAAACACAGCUGAAUGACUUGACUCUUUCUCUCUCUCUCUCUCCUCGUCCUCCGCUCAAUCUCUCUCCCUCAUCAAGGGCCAACAAGUUUAGGGUUAGGGUUUCCAUGAACCCCUUACUCUUUCUGUGCAAGGAAAGGGUGUGCAAGUCCAAGGAAAGGGUUUUUGGGGUUUUGAUCUCUUGGGUUCCGAAGACUCUUUUCUCCGCCGCAGGAUCGACAUGAAUUCCCCAAUUUUCAUGAGGAAUACGCAGUCUCUGAGCAAAAUCCGAUUAGCAACACCGCGCUGGUAGCUUACAUCGAUUGGAUUUGAGUUCCGGGACAAGAAAAAGCAGAUUUCAAAGGAAAAGCAAAGGAUUUUACUCCUACUGCUGCGAAGUUGGUAGUGGGAAAUGAAAAUUUCAAUGUUAAUUUGUUGCAGCCGCCAUGGCCUCCGAAAGACGGCAUUCAUGUAAGAGCAAGAAGGGGUCGAGCAACUGAAGAAUUAUGGUCAUAAUUCUAAGCUGAAAUUCGAACCGCUUAGCAGAAAGGGGUUUUGAGAGAUGGGUUUUUCUCCGUCUUCCUCUUCGGUCAUCAAAGGACAUUUUUUUCGCAGACCCACUUCUCCAGUGUUUGUUCUGAAGCUUGUUUUGCUCUUGUGGGUGUUCUGUAGCUCCCAGAACUGUGCUGUUCUCGCUGAUACUGACGCAUCGGUGCUUCUUGAGCUAAAAAAUUCUGUCUUGGAUCCUUCAGGCUUGCUUUCUGGCUGGAACGGUCGGCUCAGUUCUGGUCAUUGCUCAUGGACCGGCGUCUUCUGCAACUCAAAUUCUCGAGUGGUUUCGCUCAACCUUACUGGGAAUGGCGGAGAAACCGAAGGUAGAUCGAAAACUAUUGCGUGCUCAGAUUUUUCUCAGUUGCCGCUUUAUGGAUUCGGAAUCAGAAGGAGCUGUGAGGGUAGUAGAGGAAGAUUGGCCGGGAAGCUCCCCUCUGUAAUUGGUAAGCUCACUGAGCUUAGGGUCUUGUCCCUCCCCUUCAAUGGUUUUUAUGGUGAAAUUCCUAGUGAAGUUUUGGGCUUGGAAAACUUGGAGGUUCUUGAUCUUGAGGGAAACUCGGUAACUGGGUCGCUGCCCUUUCAGCUUAAUCCAAAUUUGAGGGUUCUUAAUCUGGGGUUUAAUAUGAUUAAAGGUGAGAUACCGACCUCGUGGUCAAAUUAUAUGAGCCUAGAGAUCUUGAGUUUAGCUGGGAAUCUCGUAAAUGGAACCGUUCCAGGUUUCAUUGGUAGGUUAAAGGCAGUGUACUUGUCAUACAAUUCACUUAGUGGAGAUGUUCCCAGUGAGAUUGGAGCAAAUUGUGGGAAGCUUGAGCAUCUUGAUUUGUCGGGUAAUUUCUUGGUUCAUAACAUUCCAAGCAGUUUGGGAAACUGCAGCCAGUUGAGGACGUUGUUGCUGUAUUCAAAUAUGUUUGAAGAGGGUAUUCCAGCUGAACUCGGACGGCUUCAAGCUCUGGAAGUGUUGGAUGUGUCAAGGAAUACCCUGAGUAGUUCAUUACCACGUGAGCUGGGGAAUUGUUCUCAGUUGUCUGUCCUUGUGCUGUCAUCUAUGUUUAAUCCACUUCCACGAGGUAACGAUACCGUAGUGGACUCUUUGCUGGAGCAGUCGAAUGCUAUGAAUGACGACUUCAAUUACUUUCAAGGUACAAUGCCUGUAGAAAUUACAACCCUUCCAAAGCUAAGGAUCUUGUGGGCACCAAGGGCAAGUAUUGAGGGCACUUUCCCAAGCAAUUGGGGUGGUUGUGAGUACUUAGAGAUGAUCAAUUUGGCUCAGAACUUUUUGACUGGGGAAUUUACUAGUGGACUUAGUCGCUGCAGGAAGCUUCAGUUUCUUGACGUGAGCUCUAACAGGCUUAGUGGGGAGCUUGUUCAGGAUCUUCAUGUUCCUUGUAUGGUUAUGUUUGAUAUCAGCAGAAACAUGUUGUCAGGUUCAAUACCUGAAUAUUUCAACAGAACUUGUGCUUCUCCUUUUGGAGAUUUUUCUUUCAAGUCUGAGGAUCCAUCCUCAACCUAUGUUGCAUUUUUCGCUUCUAAAUCCCAAGUUGGAAAUCCAUUGCAAAUGCACGGGGAGGGUGACAGUCUUAUAGUAGUACACAACUUCGCGCACAAUAAUUUUACUGGCGCUUUGCAGACGCUGCCUAUUGCACCUGAAAGACUAGGGAAACAAACUUUUUAUGCAUUCUUUGCUGGAGAAAACAAGAUUUCUGGAGAAUUUCCAGGUAAAUUAUUUGGCAAGUGUGAGGGAUUGGAGUGGCUGAUUGUUAAUGUAAGCCACAACAAGUUAGAAGGUCAGAUUCCAGCUGAAGUAGGCACUAUGUGCAAAUCUCUUAAAGGUUUAGAUGCAUCUCGGAAUCAGAUUAUUGGUCCAAUUCCCUCUACCAUCGGGAAACUGUCUCUUGUCGCUCUUAAUUUGAGUUGGAACAUGUUGAGGGGUGAAAUCCCGACCAGUCUUGGCCAGAUAAGGAAUCUGAUGUAUCUUUCCUUAUCUGGCAAUCUCCUUACAGGUGUCAUUCCGUCUAGUUUGGGGCAGCUGACCUCUUUAGAAGUGCUUGAACUUUCUUCAAACCAUCUGACUGGUGAGAUACCGAAAGAUCUUGUGAAUCUGCGAAACCUGACUGUUCUUCUGCUCGAUAGGAAUAAUAUUUCUGGUCAGAUUCCAUCUGGAUUGGCAAAUGUGACCACACUGUCAUCUUUCAAUGUGUCUUUCAAUAACAUCACAGGUUCACUGCCUGCGAAUAAUAACCUGAUGAAAUGCAAUGCUGCUAUUGGAAACCCAAAUCUAGACUCUUGCCCCAUGUUUUCUCUGGCACAGCCAGCUUCAGAUUCUCAAGGACGAGUUGGUGAUUCACAACCUUUUGCUGCUUCACCAGUGGGAGGUCCAGCUCAGAAGACUGGGAACGGUUUCAAUUCAAUUGAAAUAGCAUCCAUUACAUCUGCAUCGGCCAUAGUUUUGGUGCUUAUUGCUCUUGUUAUUCUGUUCUUGUAUACACGGAAAUGGAAUCCAAAGUCUGGAACUCAAGGUUCUACUAGGAAGGAAGUUACAAUUUUCACAAACAUUGGGGUUCCAUUGACCUUUGAGAAUGUUGUGGGAGCCACAGGAGGUUUCAAUGCUAGUAACUGUAUUGGGAAUGGAGGUUUUGGAGCUACCUACAAGGCAGAGAUAUCACCUGGAAUCGUGGUGGCAAUUAAACGACUUUCAGUUGGAAGGUUCCAAGGAGUUCAACAGUUUCAUGCAGAAAUCAAAACCCUUGGAAGGCUUCGCCAUCCAAAUCUUGUCACUUUGCUUGGUUAUCAUGCCAGUGAUACAGAGAUGUUUCUAAUUUACAACUACUUGGCGGGUGGUAAUUUGGAAAAGUUUAUUCAGGAAAGGUCAACAAGGGCUGUGGAUUGGAGGGUACUUCACAAGAUUGCUUUGGACAUAGCCCGUGCACUUGCCUACCUACAUGAUCAGUGCGUACCACGUGUCCUUCAUCGCGACGUCAAGCCGAGUAAUAUUUUGUUGGAUGAUGAUUUUAAUGCGUAUCUCUCAGACUUUGGUUUGGCCAGACUUCUGGGAACUUCGGAGACCCAUGCUACUACUGGCGUUGCUGGAACUUUUGGAUAUGUUGCCCCAGAAUAUGCAAUGACUUGCCGUGUUUCAGAUAAGGCUGAUGUAUAUAGUUAUGGCGUUGUGCUUCUGGAGUUACUCUCUGACAAGAAGGCACUGGAUCCCUCUUUCUCUUCAUAUGGAAAUGGAUUCAACAUCGUUCAAUGGUCAUGUAUGCUUCUUCGGCAAGGCCGUGCAAAGGAAUUCUUCACUGCUGGGUUAUGGGAUGCAGGCCCCCAUGAUGAUUUAGUAGAAGUUCUGCACUUGGCAGUAGUGUGCACGGUUGACUCUCUCUCAACCAGGCCUACAAUGAGGCAAGUUGUACGACGGCUUAAGCAACUUCAGCCUCCAUCCUGUUAGCUGCUCUACAAGGUUUGUAUUGGUUAACAUUAGUAGUUUGUAGAAAGGAGCUCCAAUUUUAAUGUGCCUGCGCAUUCGGUGCGCUUUUGGGGACACUGGCGUUAGGUUGAUUUCUGAACCUUUGUGAUCCCACUUGUACAUUGAAUGAUAGUUCAGCCCCCAAUUUUUUCAGUGUUGCUUCUCUGAUUAGGGGCCUGGCCAAUGAAUCUGCAGAAGAAUGCAGAUAUUCCAUUUCCUCGUCUUAUACGUGUAUAUUCAGCUUCAUUUGUUCAAUAACACAGAGAGUGGACAUGUUAUUCAUAUCGGUUAUAUGACAUGCACCGAAAUGAUCAGUCGUGACCUAUCCGAGGAUAUGAUAUCCAAUUCCUUAAUAUCUUGUGCUGCUGCAAUGACUCCGACCAUCCUCUAGAAGUCUUCUGUGGAGGAUUGUUACUAUACAGGUGCGAGCGGUUUCUGUCGGAGGGGAAGCUAUUGGAGGGACAAGAUUUGGACAUUUCUUAUCCUCCCAUUUCAGCCUUGCUUCCAGCCAGACAAACAAGAGGCAGCUUUGUCCGCCAUGGAGGGAUUAAAACAGAUUCGACAUUGUUGCUGAGGCCCGAGGGACCAAAGGAGGUUCGACAUUGUUGCAUGGGCUCUACUGCUGGGUCAUGGCAUGCAGGUCCUCGUGAUGCAGUUUUUUCGACAACUUGUGGCGAAUUGAGUCGCGGUGUAAGCAACUUCAGCCCUCGUUAGCUGGCCAACGAGGCCUGUAUCGGUGUAACAUAUAGUAAUCUGUAUGACCCUUGGCUAAGAGCCUCCUUCGCUUAUGCACCCGAGGUCCCGUGUUCGGUUCCUUGUUUUAUACGCGUGUUAUGGUACUUGAAGUUAAUUAUUUUUCCACUUUCUAGUG